AUGGAAGGCUCAUCUGAGUCUGCUUGGCAGAAUUCUGAUAGUUCUAGAGGAUUGAAUACUUCCGGAGUCUCAAACCGGAAUCCCAGGAUUGUUCAUGCCGGAAGAUUUGGCUUAUCGGGUGAUGCGUCACAGGAUUCUGAUUUAAGAAAGGAGAGAGAUAGGGUUGUGGUAGCAAACACUGAUGACCUUAAAAACCAGGGUGGAUUAUCAGGGGUUUGUGAGGAUGAGGGGGCAGUUGAUCCUUUUGUCCGAGCUAUUGAAUGGGGUGAUGUUAGCUUGAGGCAAUGGUUGGAUAAACCGGAUCGAUCUGUUGAUGUAUUUGAAUGCGUGCACAUAUUUAGGCAAAUAGUGGAAAUUGUUAAUGUAGCGCACUCCCAAGGAAUUGUUGUUCAUAAUGUGCGGCCUUCCUGUUUUGUUAUGUCAUCUUUCAACCAUGUCUCCUUUAUUGAGUCUGCAUCUUGUUCAGAUUCUGGCACUGAUUCUCCCGGGGACAGCCCAACUGCGGAAAUUAAGGAUUUUCCCUCUCCUUUGCAUGGUGAUUUGCAUCAACAACAAUGCAACUUAGGAAGACUAAAUUUUCAAUCGAUGAGAACUUUAACAACUACCUUGUCAGAAACAAGUUGCAUGCAGUCAAGUUCAAUCUAUGCAGCACGUGAAUCGUUGGUACAAGAGAGUGAAGAAAAUAGAACCAGAGACAGGAAUGCUGAACUAGAAGAUAAGAGACAACCAUUUCCAAUGAAGCAGAUAUUGCUUAUGGAGAGCAGUUGGUACACUAGUCCCGAAGAGGUUUCUGGUGGUGCAAGUUUGUGUGCUUCAGACAUUUACCGAUUAGGAGUUCUUCUUUUUGAGUUAUUCUGCCCAUUCAGCUCAAGAGAAGAAAAAAGCAACUCCAUGUCUAGUCUGAGACAUCGAGUUCUUCCUCCUCAAUUGCUGCUGAAAUGGCCAAAAGAAGCUUCGUUUUGCUUAUGGCUACUGCACCCUGAGCCAAAUAGUCGGCCUAAAAUGGGUGAGUUGCAACAAAGUGAAUUCCUUAAUGAACCAAGAGAUGAUUUAGAAGAACGUGAAGCAGCAAUAGAGCUUAGAGAUAAAAUAGAGGAGCAGGAAUUGUUGCUGGAAUUCCUGUUGCUUAUACAACAAAGGAAACAGGAUGCUGCAGAUAAGUUGCAAAAUACUCUUUCUGUUCUUUGUUCUGAUAUUGAAGAGAAAAAAGGUAGUUCAGGCCCAGAACUGGUGAAAGAAGAUCAGUCAACCUCAAGUUUCCCAUCUAUGAAUAUUAAUGAUGAUGAUGAUUCUGCUAGUGGGUCCAGAAAACGAUCCAGACCAGGCAUCCGGCUUCACAACAUAGAGGAAUGUGAUGAUAAUUUGGAUGGUCAGAAGUCAGAUACCGAAAAUCAAGAAAGUACUCUUUUGAAAAGUUCUAGAUUGAUGAAGAACUUUAAAAAGCUAGAAGCAGCAUAUUUUUUGACAAGAUGCAGGUCAGUAAAGCAGUCAGCCAAACCCAUGACAAGACAUUCACCAAUAAGUAGUGAUGGUAGAGGUUCUGUUGUUGUAACUGAAAGAAGUUCUGUCAAUAAUUUGCCAUCAAAAGAACAGCACAGUGAAGGUAGACGAAGUGGUUGGAUAGAUCCAUUCCUUCAGGGUUUGUGCAAGUACCUAUCUUUCUCAAAAUUAAAAGUGAGGGCGGAUUUGAAGCAAGGGGAUCUUUUAAAUUCUUCAAAUCUAGUAUGCUCACUUAGCUUUGAUCGCGAUGGAGAAUUUUUUGCUACAGCUGGUGUUAAUAAGAAAAUUAAAGUAUUUGAAUGUGACACAAUCAUAAAUGAGGAUCGUGAUAUCCACUAUCCUGUGGUUGAAAUGGCCAGCAGGUCAAAGCUAAGCAGUAUAUGCUGGAAUAGUUAUAUCAAGAGCCAGAUUGCUUCAAGCAACUUCGAAGGUGUGGUGCAGGUAUGGGAUGUUAUAAGAAGUCAAGUACUUAUGGAGAUGAAAGAGCAUGAGAGGCGUGUAUGGUCCAUUGACUUUUCAUCAGCAGAUCCAACAAUGUUGGCCAGCGGGAGUGAUGAUGGUUCUGUUAAGCUAUGGAGUAUCAAUCAGGGAGCAAGUAUUGGUACAAUAAAAACAAAGGCCAAUGUCUGCUGUGUACAGUUUCCUCUGGACUCUGGUCGAUCCCUUGCAUUUGGGUCAGCGGAUCAUAAAAUUUAUUACUAUGAUCUUCGUAAUUCAAAGAUUCCUCUGUGCACAUUGGUCGGCCACAGCAAAACCGUGAGUUAUGUUAAGUUUGUAGAUACGACAAAUCUUGUUUCUGCAUCCACUGACAAUACUCUGAAGCUUUGGGAUUUGUCAACGUGCACAUCUCGGGUCAUUGACACUCCAGUUCUAUCAUUUACUGGCCACACAAAUGUGAAGAACUUUGUGGGUUUGUCAAUUUCUGAUGGUUACAUUGCCACAGGCUCAGAGACUAAUGAGGUUUUCAUCUACCACAAGGCUUUUCCAAUGCCUACAUUAUCAUACAAGUUUCAGAACACAGACCCACUUUCUGGCCAUGAAACAGAUGAUGCUGCACAGUUUAUCUCUUCUGUUUGUUGGCGCGGCCAGUCCUCCACCUUAAUUGCUGCAAAUUCGACCGGGAAUAUCAAAAUUUUGGAGAUGGUUUGA